AUGGCCGAAGCAAUAGGUCUCGCAGCAAGCUUGGUUGGUCUUAUACAACUCACGGGACAGGUGACAGCAAUAGGAUACACGUAUAUUAGCGGUGUGAAACGAGCCGCAAACGAUCUUCAUGAACUUUCUAGGGAGCUAAGCAUACUGAACCUGGUUCUCUUUGCCCUUCAAAAAUACGUGGACGCAAACCCGCAGUCCUCUAUACUACAAGCAAUAAAUAACAGCGAUGGCCCCCUCCAAAAAUGCGAAUCCGAAUUGAAGGUUCUUCUUGCAAAGAUGGAGCCCAAGAACGGGUUUAAAGGGGUUCUUAAUAGCAUAAAAUGGCCAUUGAAAGAGGCAGAAACAAUGCAACACAUCGCAAGAAUCGAAAGGCAAAAAGGUGUACUCAUGCUCGCUUUAGAGACUGACAAUAUGUCUUUGACACAAGAAAUACAUCAACAUGUCCAAAAGACUGAUCUCGCCGUCCAGAGGAUUCGAAAAAUAUCAGAAACUUUGAACUCUUGGGCUGAUAAACACGACACAAUUCAAGCUGGUUGA